AUGCCGUGCAGGAAUGUCAGCUGGGUUGCUGGUCUGGUCUGUGCUUUCAUCAUGAUGUUAGGACCUAUGGGACAAACUGUGGACAAAAUGAGGAACCCGGCAACAGUCACACAGGAAGAGAUGCUCAGUGAAGCGUGGACACCAAUAUCUGCACCCAACACGGAGAUGGUUUCACAGUUUGCUCUUAAGCAUUUUGUCCACCAGUCCCUGUCAUUGUCUGCUGGGGAGAAAGAGAUUAUCAAGAAGAGGAAACCGAUCAUUCUGAAGGCACUCAAGAGGCUGAACAUCAUGACUAACCUGGAUUGGGUCCCCCACAUCGCCUUGUUGGGGUCAGGUGGGGGUCAGAGGGCAGCUGUGUCACUAUUGGGUUCCCUCUAUCAGAUGGAAAAGGAAGGUCUGCUGGAUACUGUGCUCUACCUGGGAGGAGUUUCUGGUUCUGCCUGGUCCAUGACCUCCCUGUACAGUGACCCUCAGUGGAGCGCUAACAUAGACAGAGCAGUGUCCAGGCUGUCAGGUCCUUGGGUCGGGCUGGAGGAGGCUUUCACCUGGCUGACUAAGAGAUCCGAAGAGGAGCACUUCUCUCUCUCUGAUAUCGGGGGCGUCACGACCUCUGCUGUGAUCAUGAAACAGUUGAACAAUCAAAGUCUUUCCAAGGAUGGAAUAAAAGCCACCAAUCCAUAUCCCAUCUACAACACAGUGGACAAGAACUGCCUGAAGUACGGCCCUGAGAAAGGUAGAUGGUUUGAGAUAACCCCCCAUGAGGCUGGAUUCACAGAUUUGGGUCUCUUCAUUAACACGACUCACCUGAACAGCAGAAGCCAAGGAAUCGACAAUGUCUGGCUGCAAGGUGUAGUGGGCAGCGCUAUAGCAGAUGAAUCAACACUGAAAGACUAUUUUCCUGACUGGCUGAAAGGUGUGGCGGGCAUUGUAGCUACUGAUGAAAACAACCUAUUGGAUUUGAUCAUUCUCUGGACUGAAGUACCAAAGCAGGUCAACAAUUUCUGGACCGUCUUGGACUUGUACAUGCGUGGCUGCCACAGUCUUUUGACGCUAACAGAAAUGAUUAAAAAAAUCACAAAGGAUCCAGCUGUUCUAUCUGUCCUGGACAACAUGCAGGAAACACUGAAAGAACACCUAAACUACAACCCUACUGCAUGGUUUAGAUCGAAGAGCAGAAAAGAAAGAAAGUUGGUCCUUGAACAGUGGCGUCUGAAAAUGUUGGAACCCUUAAAGAAAUGGACACAGAGUCUGGAUGAAGGACCUUUUAAAGACAAUGUCUCUUGGUUGACCGAGAAAGUCUUCCCACUGAUUGGAAAAUGGAAAUGGGGAACAACGAAAAACUUCCUCCACCAAUACCCAGAUGCUGUGGUGCCGUCUUGCAUCCGACUUGAGAAGCACCUGCAGCUGAUAGACGCUGGUUCGAUGCUCUCCAUGCCCUAUCCUCCUUUCCUGGGAGAAAAGCGAGACGCUGACCUCCUCAUCGCUCUGGACUACACCUCUUACCACCCCUUCACGACACUGACUCUUGCCAGAGACUACGCAGCCAAGAUGAAGAAGCCUUUCCCAGAGAUAGAUGACAAAAUCCUGCAGGAGAAAGAUUGGCCGAAAGACUGCUAUGUGUUCGAGGGAAAAGACAAUCAGCCGACUAUCGUUUACAUGCCGCUCUUCAAUAGACGGAACUGCAAAGAUGCAGAGGAUUUAAAAGCAAAGAUGGAGGAGUUCACCAGCUUCCAGCUUCCAUACAACCAGAAAAAGAUUGAGUUUUUGUUGGAGACAGCAAAAGCCAACAUAAAGAACAACAAGGCAACUCUGGCUCUUGAGAUGUACAAGGCUACUGUCCGCCGAUACUACAAGAGGUAG